CUGUCUUUCUACCUCAGGUUAUAGAGAGACACAUCCGUCAGGAGCUGCCCUUCAUGGCUACAGAGAACAUCAUAAUGUCUAUGGUGAAGACUGGAGGCAACAGACAGGACUGCCAUGAGAAGAUCCGUGUGCUGUCCCAGCAGGCUGCAGCCGUGGUUAAACAGGAGGGAGGUGACAACGACCUCCUGUCCAGGGUCCAGGCCGACUCUUACUUUGCUCCCAUACCGGGUCAUCUGGACAACAUCCUGGACCCCAAGACUUUUGUUGGCCGCGCCCCCCAGCAGGUGGCCAGGUUCCUCUCUGAGGAGGUGCGCCCUCUGCUGGAGCCCUACAAGGCCAAGAUGGAUGUGAAGAUUGAGCUGGAGCUUUGAAACAACAGCUGUGAAUGUGAAUCCCGUUAAAGAAAGGUCAUCAUGACAUGCUGAAGCGUAGGAAAAUAAAAGACAAUAAAAAAUUG